AUGGCUUCACUACGUUUCCUUGCUACGGCGGCUCGACGCGCUCCUUCUAGUAUUUCUUUGGGCAGGAGAGGAUAUGCUGUUGCAGCAGACAAAAUUAGCCUGUCUUUUGUCAUGCCUCACCAAGCCAUCUUUACCUCUGCUGACGUUGUGCAAGUGAACACUCCUUCUGCUACUGGUGACAUGGGUAUUUUGGCGAAUCACGUUCCCACCGUUGAGCCCCUUCGUCCUGGUGUCGUGGAGGUCAUCGAAGCUACUGGCGGUCCAUCCAAGAAGUGGUUUGUGUCUGGCGGAUUCGCAACCGUUCAUCCUGGUAGCAAGCUCACCAUCAAUGUGAUUGAAGCGGCGCCGCUGGCAGACUUCUCGCCUGAGGCCGUCCGCACGAACUUGGCCGAAGCGAAAAAGGUCAUAGCUGGAAAUGGUUCUGCGGAGGACAAGGCCGAAGCCCAGAUUGAAGCAGACGUGUACGAGGCAUUGCAGUACGCCCUGUCGAAAAAAUAA